ACUCCCCUGAGACUGAUAGUUCAGAUUGAAAGAUCCUGGAUCUUCGCCUACAGUCACUAUCUCAGGGCCUACGCUACGUGGACUGCAGUUCGUCUGUCACUUUGUCGCGUCAUUGUUAACCUGCAAAAACUUCACCUUACCUACUUGUCAACAAUCACUAUGUUGGCGUCUCUACUUGCCGUAGCUGUGGUCGCGGCUGCUACUCCAUUCACGUCCCCACAGAAUUGGAUACUACGAGAAGCUCAAUUUUAUACCCUUCGUGCCAACUGCCCAGAUCAACCCUGGCACGGACGUUCUCUAGUCAAUCUCCCUCUCAGCAAGAGACUAGGACUCGAGAAUUUCACUGUUAAUCCUGAAACGCCGGCACUAAAGUUCCUUCCUAUCCGUAUACACAACGAGGACAACAAGUAUGCCCUACGUGGAUAUGGAGUUGGUGACGAUCUCUCCAGAACUCCGUACCUUGCCGCGCUUACCAAUAACGCCACUCGUACGGUCAGCUUGAAGAUUGUCUACCUCCCUACUCCUUUACGUGAAUCUUUCAAAACACAGACAGAUGCUUGUCCUGAGGAUUACGACUGCACUGCGGAUCAGUGGACGUUUGAUGACCCCAGUCGUCUCUCCAGCAGCGCUCAGUUCUAUCGCGAUCUCAGAUUUGGUGGCUUCAAGGGAAGGUGGGAGCCCUUCAAGGACGCUGGGAAAGAGGGUUGGCAUGUCUACUGGAAGGGCAAUGCUGGAAUUCAUCAUCCAGUGCAAUUUGACCUCGUUCCCACAACCCAGGGCAAUAGUGCUAGCCACUAACCACGUGAAAAAACGCAGAACACGGGUUUGGAUCUUUCUGCUUUGUGCUUGCCCACACUCUCACAACUGCAUGUCUCGACU